AUGACCAAUGCUGUCGGCCGGUGGUUGAUUGGCAGCAUUGGGCAUGGAUGCUCGUUCGAAGCCCUGGCGUACAUCGGUCCUAAUGAUGUUCGAUAUACUGCGCACGCUUUGGGGGCUAUCAAAGCUGGCUAUACAACGUUCUUUCCCUCCUCAAGGAACAGUGCUGCUGCCCAUGCACAACUCUUGGAUGAGCUGCAGUGCAAGACUAUGAUAACGCCCACGCCUUGUCCCGGUGCCGCUCAUACCGUUCUAAAACAAGGAGGGCUGCGUGUUUUGAAUAUUCCUGCAGUGGAAGACCUCCUACAGGCAGAUACCGCGCCCGUCCUUUGUGGCUGGAAUGAGAAUGUUCUCGAUGAAACCCCAAGAGGCCGCAGAGGACAGAAUCAUCUCAUCACUGGAAGGCGUCUGUAUUCCAUGCUGCCUCCUUCCCAUGGCGCCUAUCUUGCAUGUCACUUAAUGAAUGCAGUGCCCUUUGAAACGGUCAUGGUGGCGCCAAUUGCCUCCUCCGGGAUUCCCUGGGCAGCCGGAUUGGCUCGGGCAUUAAAACAGACGAAUUUCAAUGUCGCCAUUCUUGCUCCCUCGAUUAUCGAGGAAUUAGCACAGGCCCCGGAUCUUAUAACAUACUGCGCUAAACGGCUAGAAUGUAUACUCUAUGCUGGCGGAGAUCUGCCCCAACACAUCGGGGAUCAUGUAGCCGCGAAAAUACCGCUGCAGAACCAAUUCGGCUCGACAGAGCUCGGAUUGGUUCCAUUGUUAAUGUCCCAGACGCCUUGCAAACCCAGUGACUGGAGCUAUUUAGAGUUUCAUCCUGACCUUGGGCUAGAAAUGCGGCCAGUCCUGGCAGUUGACGUUUACAUAACCGAUCCUGGGCGCUGGAAAUGGGUCGCUCGCAGUGAUGACAUCCUUGUUUUGAUGAAUGGGGAGAAAGUCAACCCUCUUUCAAUGGAGCAACAGAUCAUGCGUCACCCGCAAAUCAGCGGUGCUUUGGUCGUUGGUGUCCAUCGGUUACAGUUAGCUCUUUUACUCGAGGUAAACACAGAACAAGCUCAAUUCAACCCGAAUGCAUUCACGGAGGAGGUAUGGCCACGCGUUGAAGCGGCGAACAACAAUUGUCCGGCGUAUGCUCGGAUCACCAAGUCACAUAUCCUUUUCACGGACCCUUCCGCUCCCAUGAGGCGAUUGGGGAAGAGUACAAUCCAGCGUGGUGCUACGACUGAACUGUACAAAGAGGAGAUCAACAGGACGUAUAACGACGCCGACACUGUUAGGGACUGUACCUUGAAUAUCGCAAGAGAGCUCAAACACGGUCUCGGUAUCGAAGAAUUGCCGACUUCUUUGGUCUACCGUCAUCCCACCGUAAAUUCCCUUUCUCAGGCCUUGAUACGUCGGAUUAACGAGAUUGAACUGCGGACUGAUCCCUCCUAUGAUGGCGAGCUACUUUCGAAGCGCAGGGUCACCCUGAAUUUGUACCAGGACAUUAUUGACCAUAUCCCUUGCCCGCCUCUAGACCGACAGACCCCCACCGAACACUUCGUGCUUCUUACACAAGGCACGGAUUCACUUGGUGUUUAUCUCCUGUACGAAUUUCCUCAAUCACCUGCAGUGCGUCAUGUUUACUGCCCUGCGGGUAUCAGCAGCGAGUGUGCGGCGCAAAUCCCGGAGGAUAGACAUCAUGGCUUAGGCACCGAUUUAGACGCUCGUCAUCUGACUUUUUUGCAAGCUGAUCUAUCUCGUGAGAACAUGGGCCUUGAACGGAAUGUUCUAGAAGAACUUUACCAAACGGUGACCUUGAUCGUUCAUAACGAAUGCCUGAUUGUGGGCUCUUUCUAUCUUGGAGCUCUCCCAGACUCGCUCGGCCCUCGAAUGAGUUAUAUUGACUGGAUUCCAGUCGACCUGUUAUCACGUAUCUUGGUUGAACUUUGCUUGAAUGGUAAAGUCGUGCACAGGGACACGCCCGUCGUUCAUCACCCGGUCAAUCUCCAGCCUUCGGGCUGGAGGUUCAUGCUACCUAUUAUACUGGAAGAGUGUCGCCGAGCCUCGCUAAGUGACAUCUACGUGGUACCAUUAAAUCAAUGGCUCGACUUAGUUCGUUUGCAAGAGCAGCUCUUUACACGAGACCGUAAUGGUCAUGACGAAUGGAACGAGUUUGGCGACCGACUUAGCCGGCUAACACCCUUUUAUCAAACCGUCCUAGGGGGCCAGGAUGAUCCUGCAUUCCCGGAGACGAGCGAAACCACGUGCAGAAGUGCCCUACUCUCGGAGGUCCCGGGAAUACAGGAUGAAUGGAUUCGCAAGUGGAUGAGGGAAUGGAUACGGGCAAGUCGCGGUAUCUUCAAAGGCAUCAGCUUGCCAGCCGGAACGCUUCCCAAUUGGCUUGUCUCCGUCUAUCACGUCGACAAGCCGCGCCGCUUUGGCAUUUUUGAGCUUUAUUGCUUCAAGAGGAAUUUCCACCGAUACACUCCAGAUGGUCGUAUAGACUGUGUCGAUUUGGACUAUCAUCGAUGGUUAGCCGUUAUUGGGGCACAGUGUGGCUACCGCAACAAUGAUCGCGUCAUGUGCACCGUCCGGUAUGAGGGCAAAGACACCGACCUAGAGGUCCAUUGUUCUGCACAGUGGAUCACGGCACUACGCCUGAUGGCAUCUACGGGAUGCAUGAAGUUUCGUAUUGAGAGCGAGGUCGAGGAGGUCAUCGCCGAACUGCUGACGAGACGUUCGGCUGGAGUUCCCAGGCCCCUGGAGACAGAGGCUUCGUCGAACCUAGUUCCAAUGAAACGCGGGCACUAA